AUGGCUAAUCUACUUUUCUGGCCAUCCAAAUACUUCUUCUACGCCAUAGGAAAUACGAGCGCGGUAUAUUUGACUGCAGAUAUUGCGCUGGAAGAGCCUGCCCGUAUCUUACUUUUGGGUUGUGGUGACCCACGCAAUGUUCUGCAUACAAUCUUCACCGAGCCUCGAAACUCCCGGAAUGUGCUAUUAUUGACCAUGAUUGCUGAUCGCCAACCGUACGCCACGAUUUGGAACAUAUUCUUCCAUUUUCGCUUGGACAAAGAUUCACAUACCACCCUCAUCGACCAAUGCAAGAAGCUGAUUAAACACUCAGAGACCGCCCAGAAAUGGAAAGUCUCCCCAUACGCGUCUUCCAUCAAGAUGUCUACCGACUACACGCUCAAAGAACUCAGACGUCAUUGGACACUAUAUGUUGGCAUGGAAGAGUUACCGAAUUCGCGACUCACACCCAUACACGAUGCAUUUGACCAAUUAUCCAAAAAGAACUCCAGGGAAAACAAAAUCACGGCUACUUGUUCCCUGGGACCUCUCGGACACCGCGGAUUAACGAUCACUCCGGAACACUUCAGGAACUUCUGGAAGACAGGUGUAACCUUUGUCGACGGAAAGAGAAUUGCCACUGCGACAUUACUGAAUCCGACCUUCGUCUAUUCUUUGGGCAGAGAAGGUUGCUCGCUUCAUCAUGGAACCGAUCCCUUGAACGUCUUCCAUCUUGCUGCUUUAUUCGGCAACGCGAAAUCUGCAGUAUCUAUGACGGAAGUUGUGAAGGCGGCAAAUCAAGAGUUCGCGGGUUGGUGUUCCUCUUAUCUCGACUCAUUAUCCUCCACUUCUCCACCCACCAUCCGCUUUUUCGUCGGCAAAGCUACUGCCGUUUGCCGUGCACUUUGCGUGUUUGGUGACGUAGGGAUACUCAACUCGGGCGUCCCCGUGGCACAGUGGAAGACGCAGUUAAUACAGCUCAGUGGAGAUGAGUACUAUACAUCUGCUCCCGGUGGAGCUCCAGUGAAAUUCAAUGUCAUCCACACAUCCAACCUGGAGGAUCACAUCGGAUUGCUGAACGUCCUCGUCACAUCUUUACCCCUCCUCACAUAUGUUAGUCAUCAUGUCCCAUACCUAAUGUAG